GCUCCCGAGCAGCCAGACGCGGCAGGCGCCAUUUCAGGGAGCAGUCGCCGCCGCCACCAGAGCUGGCCCGAAGCGGCCUUUAGUAUCCGAGCCGCCCCCCCACCUUUCGAGCCCCCCUUUCUGAGGGACUCGCCGCCGCUGGGCCUAUCCCCGUCCUUAGCGCCGCCGGAUCCCGGGCACCUGAGCCAGAAGCGCAACCCACAGCAGCGCAGGUGUCCUGAAAAAUGGCUGACGAUAUUGAUAUUGAAGCAAUGCUUGAGGCUCCUUACAAGAAGGAUGAGAACAAAUUGAGCAGUGCCAAUGGCCAUGAAGAGCGCAGCAAGAAGAGAAAAAAAAGCAAGAGCAGAAGUCGCAGUCAUGAGAGGAAGAGGAGCAAAAGUAAAGAGCGCAAACGAAGCCGUGAUCGCGAGAGGAAAAAGAGCAAAAGUCGGGAAAGGAAACGCAGCAGAAGCAAAGAACGCAGACGUAGCCGCUCUAGAAGUAGAGAACGUAGAUUCAGAGGCCGCUAUAGAAGCCCAUAUUCUGGUCCAAAAUUCAACAGUGCUAUCAGAGGGAAGAUUGGUCUGCCUCACAGCAUCAAAUUAAGCAGACGGCGCUCCAGAAGCAAAAGUCCAUUCAGAAAAGACAAGAGCCCUGUUAGAGAGCCAAUUGAUAAUUUGACCCCUGAAGAGAGAGAUGCUCGAACAGUGUUCUGUAUGCAGUUGGCUGCAAGAAUUCGGCCAAGAGACUUGGAAGAAUUUUUCUCUACUGUAGGAAAGGUUCGUGAUGUGCGGAUGAUCUCUGAUAGAAAUUCAAGACGUUCCAAGGGAAUUGCUUAUGUAGAAUUUGUUGAUGUUAGUUCAGUGCCGCUGGCAAUAGGACUAACUGGACAGCGUGUUCUGGGAGUACCAAUCAUAGUACAAGCAUCGCAAGCAGAGAAAAACAGAGCAGCAGCAAUGGCCAAUAACCUACAGAAAGGCAGUGCUGGGCCCAUGAGACUGUAUGUAGGGUCAUUACACUUCAAUAUAACUGAAGAUAUGCUUCGUGGAAUCUUUGAACCAUUUGGUCGGAUUGAAAGCAUUCAGCUGAUGAUGGAUAGUGAAACUGGACGCUCCAAAGGAUAUGGAUUUAUUACGUUCUCAGAUUCAGAGUGUGCCAAAAAAGCCUUGGAACAACUAAAUGGAUUUGAGCUAGCUGGCAGACCAAUGAAAGUAGGUCAUGUAACAGAACGCACUGAUGCUUCCAGUGCUAGUUCAUUUUUGGACAGUGAUGAACUGGAAAGGACUGGAAUUGACUUGGGAACAACUGGUCGUCUACAGUUGAUGGCAAGACUUGCAGAGGGUACUGGUUUGCAGAUUCCCCCAGCUGCACAACAGGCUCUGCAGAUGAGUGGAUCUUUAGCAUUUGGUGCUGUGGCAGAUUUGCAAACCAGACUUACCCAGCAGAAUGAAGUUCUGGCUGCAGCUGCUUCUGUACAACCACUUGCAACACAGUGCUUCCAGCUUUCCAAUAUGUUUAACCCUCAAACUGAAGAAGAAGCUGGCUGGGAUACAGAAAUUAAGGAUGAUGUUAUUGAGGAAUGUAACAAACAUGGAGGAGUUAUCCACAUUUAUGUAGACAAAAAUUCAGCUCAGGGCAAUGUGUACGUCAAAUGCCCUUCAAUCGCUGCUGCCAUUGCAGCUGUCAAUGCAUUGCAUGGAAGGUGGUUUGCAGGUAAAAUGAUUACAGCAGCAUAUGUACCUCUUCCAACAUACCACAAUCUUUUCCCUGAUUCCAUGACUGCAACCCAGCUACUGGUUCCUGUUCGACGAUGAAGAUGGAUUUCGUCAGUUUUGUAUAUAACUAUUUUUUGGAGGAAGAUUGAGUUAUCUUUUAUUUAGAUAAAACUAAAGGAAAGGGUUUAAUGUCAUUUUGUGUACACUUCCCGUUACCUUUAAAAAAUAAAAACCGAGUAAGCAGGAAUGCAGUGUGCUCAUUCUCCCUAACUAGCAUUCCCACUGUGUACAAAGCUGUUGACUUCUUGUUCUGCCUUGUAAUUCUUGUACAUUUACUAAGGUGUUCAGUAGGAACUGAGAAAUAGCUCAUAGAAACGAAUUUUCUGUAAAAGGCAGAUGGGACAUAAUGACAUUUUUAAUGUUUCACAAGCCUUUCUUUUAAUGCAGUAAUUACAUUUUACAUUUCACUAAAUAUAGGUGCUCUGUUAAAGGUCAAUAUCUGAUAGAAUUUAUGAAGGGAUAUAUUUAGUGUUUUGUAUAAAUGGAAAAUUCAAAAGGCUACUGAAGGAUCUGGUUUUGGUCAGCUACUCAGCUUGUUUUAUGCUGAACAGUUGAUGAGACUGGGAGGAUUCAAGCGUUUUAUUUCUUGAUGGCAACUUUUGAUUGAUGUAUCUGUAAAAGUUUCUUUGUAAAUACUGUGUGAGGUGUGUCUAGGGUUCCAAACAAAACACUCUCUGCAUUUCCAGAGACAAGUUGAAUUGAAUACAGGUAGUGUGCACAGUUUAAUGAUACUCAGCAAAGCCUAAGAAUAAGUAGAAAAUGCAGAAAUAUGUUUUGUCUGGUUGCAUAUAAUCUUUGCUCUUUUUAAGCUCUGUGAGCUCUGAAAUAUAUUUUUGGGUUACUUCAGUGUGUUUGACAAGACAGCUUGAUAUUUCUAUCAAACAAAUGACUUUCAUAUUGCAACAAUCUUUGUAAGAACCACUCAAAAAUAAAAUUCUCUUAAAAAGGC